CAGAAGCGAGUUAGUUUUUAUCUGUUGUCUCUCUUUCGUCCGUUGUUUACGUUUUUGGACUUGUAUUUUAUUUUAUGAUGGUGUAUUCGUAUAUUUAUUGUCAUACAUGUGUAUAAAUCAUCACAGUCAUUACAAAUAACAAAAAUGAAUCAAUGUAACAUAACUUUACUAAACCGUAAACGUUAAAUUAUUAAACGAUAUCAAAGCUAUACGUACUUAACUAGUAUCAAUAUCAAAAUUCAAAACGUAAUAAAAUAAGUACCUACCUAUUUCGAAUUCUCAAUGAAGAUGAUCGUCACAACACAAACACUUAACGAUCAUCUUUAUCGAGAAUUCGAAAUGACACUUGUAUUAGCCAUAUCGUCACAAGCACAUAACGAUCAUCUUUAUUGAGAAUUCGAACUACACGUUUUGAAUUUUGAUACUAGUAUAGAUAAUAGAUAUAAGAUACUGCUUUAAUAAUUAUUCAACAUAUAGUAAAGUUAUGUUACAUUGAUUCACGAAUUAUUUGUAAUGUGAUGAUUUAUACAUAUAUGACGAAAAAAACGACGUUGGAAAAUAUAUUUUUAUUUUUUUAAAAGAAAAAUAUAGAAAUAUACACGAAUACACCAUCAUAAAAUAAAAUACAAGACCAAAACGAAAACAACGGACGAAAGAGAGACAACAGAUAAAAACUAACUCGCUUCUGAUUGGUUACACAUAUUUGCUCUCGAGACGCUCGUUUCCAAAACCAUGUGCAUUUUUUUUAUCGAAAAAACAACUGCAAUUCUUCAAAGUUCGAAUUGAAAUUUGUAAAAAUUCAAUUAAUUCGGGAUUAAUUAAACUAAAUCCACGCGAAUUUAUGGUGAAUUUCGAUCCACAAAUCGAUCUAGUGUUAUAAAACCCAUCGAAUCUAGUGUAAUAAAUUCAAAAUGCCGAGAUCCAGACGUGAUAAAAAGAUCUCAUUAACUCAAACUACGAAGAAAGGUAACGAUUUAAAGCAGAAUGUUAUCGAAAAAGUACAAAAAGCAGUCGGAGAAUACAACCAUAUAUUCGUCUUUCACACCAACAACAUAAGGAAUGGUAAACUGAAGAAAGUUCGUAUGCUAUGGAGAGAUAGCAAAUUUCUAUUCGGUAAAAAUAAAGUAAUGGCUCAUGCUUUGGGACGAGACGAAUCGUCAGAAGUUCAACCCAACAUACACAAAUUAGCUGAAAAAAUAGAAGGCCAAUGCGGUUUAUUAUUUACAAAUAAGAAAAAAGAAGAAGUGAUAGAAUUUUUCAAUAAACAUAGCGAAUCUGAAUACGCAAUGGCUGGUUUCGUACCAUCGGAAACUAUCACCGUACCUGAAGGACCACUACCACCCGAAUAUAUUCAUUCUAUGGAACCUAUGUUUAGAAAACUAGGUAUGCCAGUAUUAUUGCAAAAAGGUGUCAUAAUGGUUCUUAGCGAGUAUAAAUUAUGCAAAGAAGGAAAACCAAUUACUCCUCAACAAUCUAGACUAUUGAAAUUAUUUAAUUACAAAUUGGACGAGUUUAAAGUGACGUUAGAAUAUGUAUGGUCGAAAGAAGACGGAUCAUUUGAGAAAUUAUGAGUUCGAAGUUUUGUUUAUUUUGUUUUUUAUAUUAAUAAAUGUAUUUUUAUUUA